AUGGCUGCUCUCAACGAGACCCAGUUCUCAAAACGAGGCCAAUUGGAGGAGGUGGGUGCCGGCUACACCUUUUUCUGGGGCGGCCGCUCAAAGGCAGAGCGUCGCGACAGAGGCCAGGACGACAUUGUGGGACGACUGACCAGUAUGCCGCAGGGCAUCAACGAUCGACGGAUGACCCUGCCCCUGCCUCCUCGGGGGUCCAAAUUCGCCAUCAUCAGCGCCUACGCUCUGACGAGGCAGAGACCAAGUUUUACGAGGACCUAG